CAGCUCUACACCCGCUCUUCCUUUCUCUCUCUAGACUUUCUCUCUCUGCCUAGGGUUUUCUCUUGCGCCGAUUUCGAAGUCAUCCAAGUUCAGACUUCAGAGUGAACAUCUCCUUCACUCCUCGACAAACUUACUCACCAGGGAAAAUAUGGCUAUGGAAGUCACUCAAGUUCUUUUGAGUGCACAAGCUGUUGAUUCAACUAUAAGGAAGCAUGCUGAAGAAACUCUGAAACAGUUUCAGGAGCAAAACCCUCCUGCCUUUCUGUUGUCCCUUUCUGGGGAGCUUGCUAACGAGGAGAAGCCUGUUGAAAGCCGUAAACUAGCAGGCUUGAUUCUUAAAAAUGCUUUGGAUGCCAAGGAGCAGCACAGAAAGCAUGAGCACUUUCAAAGAUGGCUAUCACUGGACGUGGCUGUGAAGAGCCAGAUCAAAGCAAGCUUGUUACUGACCCUCUCUUCUGCUGCAUCAGAUGCUAGGUCAACCACAUCGCAAGUCAUUGCCAAGGUUGCGGGCAUUGAAAUGCCACAUAAGCAGUGGCCUGAGCUAGUGGCUACCCUCUUAUCCAAUGUUCAACAAGUUUCUCCCCAUCUCAAGCAAGCCACCCUCGAGACACUGGGGUAUGUGUGUGAAGAAGUUGAACCAGAUGUUGUCGAUCAAGAUGAAGUGAAUAAGAUACUCACGGCUGUGGUUCAAGGCAUGAAUUCUAACGAGGGUAAUACUGAAGUGCGUCUUGCCGCCACCCGGGCUUUGUACAACGCACUUGGGUUUGCCCGGGCAAAUUUCUCCAAUGAUAUGGAGCGUGAUUACAUAAUGAGGGUUGUUUGCGAGGCCACUCUGUCGCCCGAAGUCAAAAUCCGUCAGGCUGCAUUCGAGUGCCUCGUCUCUAUUGGCUCGACUUAUUACGAGAAGUUAUCACCAUACAUCCAAGACAUCUUCAACAUCACGUCCAAAGCUUUUUUGGAUGAUGAGGAGCCCGUGGCUCUUCAGGCAAUCGAGUUUUGGAGUUCGAUCUGUGACGAGGAGAUUGAUAUUCUGGAGGAGUAUGAUGGCGACCUCGCCGCCGAUCCUGAUGUUCCGUUCUUCAAUUUCAUUAAGCAGGCACUGCCAGCACUUGUUCCUUUGCUACUGCAGACGCUCCUCAAGCAAGAGGAAGAUCAGGAUCAGGACGAAGGCUCUUGGAAUCGCGCGAUGGCCGGCGGAACCUGCCUUGGCUUGGUGGCUCGUACAGUCGGGGACGAUAUCGUGCCGCUUGUGAUGCCGUUUAUAGAAGAAAACAUAGCGAAACCCGACUGGCGGCAGAGAGAGGCAGCCACUUACGCAUUCGGCUCCAUCCUCGAAGGCCCCUCCCCCGACAAACUAAUCCCUCUCGUCAACGUUGCUCUCAACUUCAUGCUGACUGCUUUGACCAACGACCCGAGCAGCCACGUGAAGGACACGACAGCGUGGACUCUUGGGAGAAUCUUCGAAUUCCUUCACGGGUCGACCUCUGAGAAUCCCAUAAUUACCCCUGCAAACCUCCAGCCGAUCGUCACUGUCCUUCUCCAGAGCAUGAGGGACUCUGCCCCUAACGUCGCCGAGAAGUCUUGUGGGGCCCUCUAUUUCUUGGCCCAAGGCUAUGAUUACGCGGGGUCACCCUCGCCCUUAACCCCCUACUUCCAGGAGAUAGUUCGGUCCCUUCUCGACGCCACCCGAAGGGAAGACGCAGGCGAGUCGCGGCUACAGACAGCUGCCUAUGAGGCGCUGAACGAGGUCGUUAGGUCAUCGUCAGGGGAUGAGACGGCUCGUCUGGUGCUGGAGCUUGUCCAAGUCAUCAUGGCCGAGCUUCACAAAACGCUCGAGGCUCAAACACUCUCGUCCGAUGAGAGGGAGAAGCAGAAUGAGCUGCAGGGACAAUUCUGCGGGUGUCUCCAGGUCAUUAUCCAGAAACUCGGGGCUUCUGAUCCCACCAAACAUGCCCUAAUGCAGUAUGCCGACCAAAUUAUGAGCCUUUUUCUGAGAGUCUUUGCGUGCAGGAGCGCCACUGUACACGAGGAGGCCAUGCUUGCUAUUGGCGCUUUUGCCUAUUUGACGGGCUCCGCCUUUGAGAAGUACAUGUCGGAUUUCUACAAGUAUCUGGAGAUGGGUCUGCAGAAUUUCGAGGAGUAUCAAGUGUGUGCAGUGACUGUGGGUGUUGUGGGGGAUGUAUGCAGGGCAUUGGAGGACAAGAUCUUGCCUUACUGUGAUGGGAUUAUGACCCUUCUUCUCAAGGACUUGUCGAGCGAUGAGCUGCACAGGUCUGUGAAGCCGCCCAUCUUCUCGUGUUUUGGGGAUAUAGCGCUUGCUAUUGGGGAGAAUUUCGAGAAGUAUUUGAUGUAUGCGAUGCCCAUGCUUCAGAGUGCGGCCGAGUUGUCCGCACGUGCGUCGGCAGAUGAUGACGAGAUGAUCGAGUAUACGAAUCUCCUCAGGAAUGGGAUUCUGGAGGCGUACUCAGGUAUAUUUCAGGGGUUCAAGAACUCGCCCAAAACUCAGCUCCUGAUGCAGUAUGCGCCUCACAUCCUGCAGUUCUUGGACGCGAUGUACCUUGCGAAAGACAUGGAUGAUUUAGUGAUGAAAACUGCUGUAGGCGUUCUUGGAGAUCUAGCGGAUACUUUGGGAAGCAAUGCUACUGCCUUAAUGCAGCAAUCUGUGUCGAGCAAAGACUUUUUGAAUGAAUGUCUGUCUUCCGAGGACCAAUUAAUUAAAGAAUCUGCUGAGUGGGCUAGGCUGGCUAUUUCUCGUGCCAUAUCUGUCUAAGGUGCUCGUCAUGCUUUACAUGCAUUGCAUAUGGUUGGGUGUUUGUGUUGAGGUCCGUGUUAGACACUAAGUCUUGUCAACUCACAGGAAAAUUGAAGCUAAAAUCUUUUAAGUUCUUGACACUGACUCAUGGGUCAUUUGGGUUGUGUCCGUUAUGAGGUUGUUCUGAUGUAUUCCAAAUUUGGGGAUGGAGAUAAUUAUGAGUUGUCUUUUGGUCUUGGAGAUGAGUGCGGAAACUCAUGGAAGUUUUGGUAUUAUUGCAAGAAGAACCAAAUGUGUUUUAUAAAUGUCAAACAUCCUCUUAAAGUUUGAUGCCGUCGUACGUAUUUCACCUUUGUAAGCACGAAAAAAAACUUUUAUUACAAUUCUCAAACCACAACCACCCUUUUAAGUUUUGGAAGAGUGCUUUAUAAUUUUCGAAGAUUUUGGGAAUUUGUUGUUUCCUUGUUUUGUGUUAUUUUAUUGCCUUUAUUCAGACCUCAGAUUUGUUGCAAUUGUUUAUUGAUCUUAUAACUUAAUAGGUUCAUUGUG